GUACGAAGUGAGCAGCAACCAGCCGCACAAAGGGACAGGAGGGAGAGAGAGGCAGAGGGAGGGAGAGAGAGGGAGAGCUGGGGACGCUCUGCCUCUUACUCCCGAGCAGCCGACCAACGGGGGAAGAUGAAAAGCUCACGCCGAGCCCCGCGGGAUGCCCCGUUGCAAUUUCCAGCUUCGAAAUGACAAGUUGGGGAAAUCGUUUCCAGCCCGGAGUAGCAUUGCAGGGGACUGUGUGAUCAGGCACUCUCCCGGAGGCUGGGACAGCUCUCUCUGCUCCUUGCCGCGGGGAGUGGGAGAUUUGGGAAGGGGCUGUGUAUUGUUGGAGAGAGCUGGAGGCUGUAUAUGAAUCCUGUCUUCCUGGAGCCCAGGGCGGACACACUGACACUGGAAACAGCUCCUAACUGAGAGAGACAGCUACCUGCAGAAUGCUUCUACCUACCAUCUCCCUCCUACUGAGGCUUCUCGAUUACGUCCUCACCAGUGAAAUUGCAACUCAAGAUGGCUGCCUGUCAGCGCUAACUCAGUGCUCCUUGGAUCCCGAGUGCAUCCGGAAAUUCCGCACCCUGCUGCGGUGCACAGCCCAUCACGGGGUCGAGCCCUUCCGGCUGGCUGCCAGGAACGAAUGUUUGACUGCUGCCCUCGGUCUCCAGGCCAAUCAGCUCUACGCUUGCAAGUGCCAAAGAGGAAUGAAGAAAGAGAAGAACUGCCUCCGGAUUUACUGGACCAUGCACCAAAGCCAUGUCACUGGUUACGAUGAUUUGGAAACAUCACCCUAUGAGUACUCGAUGCCUGGUUCGUCCUUGGUCUUGGACUAUGGUAGACUUGCCUCUUUGGUGUCAGAAGGACCCAAAGUUCAAGCACCUUCUAAAGUUAACCAUUGCUUAGACGCUGCUCAAAUGUGCAAUGUCGACGACACUUGCAAGCUGUUCCGCACCGAAUAUGCCAAGUACUGCCUCAAGCCUGCCUCCAGAUACGGCUGCAACAGACUUAAGUGUCGCAAGAGCCUUCGCCGCUUUUUUGACUUUGUGCCAGAGGAAUACAAAUACCCAUUCCUUUUCUGCCCAUGCAAAGACAGUGCAUGUGCUGAACGUAGGCGCCAAACCAUUGUCCCGACCUGCUCCUUCGAGGAACCCGAAAAACAAAACUGUCUCAGUCUACAGGACGCGUGCAAGACGGAUCUCAUUUGCAAAUCCCGACUGGUGGACUUUCAGACUAACUGCCAACCAUCCCCAAGAUCUGCCAGCAGUUGUUUCCGAGAAAAUUAUAAUGCCUGCCUUCAGUCUUACACGGGCCUCAUUGGCACUGCCCUAACACCAAACUAUGUGAGUAACACCAGCUCCAACAUCUCUAUAUGGUGCACGUGUGUCAACAGUGGAAAUCAACGUGAGGAGUGUGAGGUGUUACUCAACCUUUUCACAAGCAACAACUGUCUCAGAAAUUCUAUACUUUCGUACACCAAAUCUUUGCUGUUUCAUCUGUCAGACAGCAAGGAGCCUGCACUAACAUUUACUCAACACUUACCCUUCAACUUCCCAGACAAGGAUGGGUCAAGUGUUGAUGCCAAAUUAAAAGCGAAUCAGGACUGCGAUCCUGGGAGCAAGCUAAAGGUUUCUCAGAAAGUGUUGCUGCCUGGAAAAACUACUGAUUGCAAGGUGAAUUCAGGAACUGCUACCCAGAGCUUCUCUGUCACAGUACCCUGCACCAUCACGUCACUCUAUAUCUUCAUGACCAUUACAGAGAACUCCAUUUGAAAGGACGUAACGAAGACUUUGUAAAGAGACAGAAAGAAAAAGAGGUGGACACUUUCUUCUUUGCAAGCUCUCUCACAAUCGCUUCGAAAAGAAAACAAAUGCUUAAGAUACAACUUGAACUGAGAAAAUAGUUUGUCGAAAUAUCCAGCAGACUAGUCUUCUUGCAUCAUUUGGAAAUAGAGUUAAUUUAUUUCACUGCAGCGUAUCAGUUAUCAGUGUAUUCAGGUUCACUGAAGUACAUAACAAGCCAAAAUCUCUUCACAUUAAUUUCCAUCACAGCCAACAAGAAUAUGUAAGCAAUUUAAUGAAGUGGGUGGAUCUCCUGACAAACAUUUCCCUUUUCCAUUUAUUUCCCUCCUUUAGUGCAGGUUUGGAAAGAAUAUGUUAGCACAGCCAGUGGUUACACUCAGAUCACUCAACACUCUCCCUUCUCUGGAAAGUGGGGCUCUUUGUCUUUCAGUUGGACCAUGUCUACAUGUGAGUACAGGUAUUGUGUUUCAGUGAUCGAUUUUCCCAUUAGUUAGAGUGGCUCAGGGGUUAGCACUGCUGCCUCACAGCACCAGGGACCUGGGUUUGAUUCCAUCCUUGGGUGACUGUCUGUGUGGAGUUUGCACAUUCUCUGAAUG